AUGCCCCCAACCGCAGAUUCCGCAGAUUCAUCCCCCGGCCCCGCCCAGCUGCCCCGCCACCCAUGGUGGCAGAGGCUCCAUCGGGCGGAACAGAGCCAGGCAGCGAAGGGGAGUGUGCCAAAGAUUCCAGGCAGCGGCCCAGACGACGGCGCCCACCACCCUUCUUCUACCUACGGCGCUUCAUGCGAGGCCCUCGGCCCCUCAACCAGCAGCAGCCCAUAG